CUCAACAGUCCACUCACCACUCCUCCCUCUCAAACAUUUAAAAACCCCCCAUUCCAACCUUGAGAACCAGUCCACCUGACACCUCCCAUCACUUCCCCUAACUCUGCCGCCAAAUCAUCACCAAUGCCAACAAUCUGAACUUCCUUUAGACUUAUCUUCUUUCGUUGAGACAAUUCAUCGAACACUUUAACCUAACGAGCCAGAGCCAGGGACUAAUGUCGGGCUCCAGGCGAUACUCGCUAGGCAGCCCGCUGCAGCCGGGCGGGUCGGAUCUGAAGCAGCGGGUCAUAACCUGCCUCAACAAGCUCUCCGACCGUGACACUCUGGCCAUGGCCAUUAACGAGCUGGAGUUCAUAGCUAGAAAUCUCACACAAGAGUCGUUUGCUACGUUUUUGAUCUGCAUUCACAACACCGACGCGUCGUCGAAGCCGCCGGUGAGGAAGCAAUGCGUGUCGCUGCUGACGAUACUGUCGAAUUCACACGGCGACGCGUUGGCGCCGUUUCUGUCGAAAAUGAUCUCCACCGUCCUCCGCCGCCUCCGCGACCCCGACUCCGCCGUCCGAUUGGCCUGCGUGGACGCCGUCGCCGCCAUGUCGUCCAAGAUCACGACGCCGGAGUUCGCCUCGUCGUUUCUGAAGCCGCUGAUGGACACGCUGGCGGUGGAGCAGGACUCCAACUCGCAGAUCGGCUCGGCGCUCUGCCUCGCCGCCGCGAUCGACGCCGCGCCGGAGGUGGAGAUGGCUCAGCUGAGGAGGAGCCUGGCGCGGCUCGGGAAGCUGGCCAAGAGCGACGGCUUCAAGGCCAAGGCGGCGCUGAUGGUGCUCAUCGGGAGCAUUGUCGGCGCCGGCGGCGCGUCGAGCAAAGGCGCGUUGGAUUGGCUCGUGCCGUGCGUGGUGGAGUUUCUGAGCAGCGACGACUGGGCGGUCAGAAAGGGCGCGGCUGAGGCCCUCGGAAAAGUAGCCACGGCGGAGACAGAGUUGGCGCCACUCUAUAAAGCUAGUUGCUUGAAUGCUUUGGAAAGCCGGAGAUUUGAUAAGGUGAAGGUAGUCCGGGAGACUAUGAACAAUGCAUUGGAGUUGUGGAAGGUUUUCGCAGGCGAUUCCGAGGAGGUUUCUGCUCCAAUUCAAUCCAGAUCUUCAAUCGAUAAUGAGAAUGAUCGAUCCUUUGCUGCCGUAUCGAAAAGUUCAAAUGAUGCUGGCUUUAGGACUCCUCAGACAAAGAAAACAGUUCCCACAAACAGGUCCCCUCCAUCUAACGGUUCUUUGGUGACCACUGCCAAAAAGGGAAGUCCUCAAAGUAGAUAUGAGAGAAGUUCAGACACAACCAAGCUCAAUAAGUUGGACCACAUGAAACCCUCUGAUUGGAAAAUUGAAAUUGCAAUGCCAAACUCUGCCUCUUCGAAGGUGUCUCAUGCAGAUGAUAUUGUUGCGAGUGAUUUUGGAGAUGGGGAAUCAGGAAAGAAUGAGCACAAUGCAAAUAGCAUGGCAGAAGAUAAACGUGUACUCUUCAGUAGGAACCGUGAUGAAAAAGCAUACAAAUUUGGUGGUUUGAGAUCUCGGUCUCGAGUAGUUCCAUUUGAUGAUGAGAACUAUGACUCGGAUGCUGUGGUUUGUAAUCCUGCAGAAGAAGUUUACGAGAGCCCCAAGGAGGCUGAGGAUCUGAAUCUGAUCCGUGCGCAACUCAUUCAGAUUGAAAACCAGCAAGCCAACCUAUUUGACCUUCUCCAGAGAUUCAUUGGAAAUUCUCAGAGUGGGCUGAAUUCUCUUGAGACACGGGUACAUGGCCUUGAGAUGGCGCUGGAUGAAAUAUCGUAUGAUUUGGCACUAUCAACUGGAAGGAUUCCGAACACUGAAUCUGCAGAAAACACAUGUUGCAAGCUGCCUGGUGCUGAGUUCUUGAGUUCCAAGUUCUGGCGCAGAACAGAAGGGCGGUGUUCUACUCCAAGGUUCCCUUCUUAUGCUGGAACCCAUCCCUCGAUGAAUGCUGGGCCUGAUAAAGAUGCCGCUGCUGAACCGUCUACAUUUAACCGCCAAAGAUUUCAGCAACAAAGUAGGGGUGCAUAUACAGUUAUCCCGACAACAGAAAUUCAUGGCAACUCGAGGGUACAUACAGGGCACUUUCCAGACAGAACACCAAAGAGCAUACUCCAAGAUGCUGAGAGGGUCCAAGUUUACAAUGCUAGCCAGUUUGAUGGGGUCCCUCCAACUAAUUGUAUAGCAUCAAGGAACCUGAGCAGAAGGCCAUCUGCUUAGAUAGAAUCGAUGCUCAGCUCAAAAUGUUGAGGUAGAUCAACGUCAGGCAAGACUUGAGAGCUUGACAGGCAUCACUGCUCCCGGAAAGACCUGAACUGAAGUUAUUUGCUGAUCAAGUCUACACGUAGGAGCCCUUAUUAAUUUAUGAGAAUUCUGAUUUGGAUGUAGCAUUUGAUACACAGGAGCAGCAUAGCAUAGGGUUCCUUUUACAUGUCUCCUUUGCUUUCAGAUCAAACUGCAAAGCUGGUCGCUAACCAGAGUAGUCUUCGUACCCUAGCCCUAGCACGAGCGUUAGCAUGUGUUCUAUUUAUUACUUACCCGGCUGUUCCAUUGCCGGUAUGGGAGGUUAGGUUAAUCUCUGUACAGAUCCAAAGCUUCCGCAUCAUCUUUUCUUGUCUUGCUAGUCAAAACUUGCUGUACAUGAUCAAUAAAUUUUCACUUCUGCA